UUUCCGAUCACCGGAAGUAGUCUCCCGGCGCAUGCGCAUUGCUGAGGGCAGCGCUAGCGGUGCAGAGGAGCAGAAGCGCGAGGAGUUUCUUCAGCUUUAAUUAUUAAAUCUGUUCAUUACAGUGUUUGUGAAUCUGCGCGAUGGCGGGGAUCAAAGCUCUGAUCAGUCUGUCGUUCGGAGGAGCCAUCGGUCUCAUGUUCCUGAUGCUGGGUUGUGCUCUGCCCGUCUAUAAUGAGUACUGGCCUCUGUUCCUGCUCUUCUUCUACAUCCUGUCUCCUAUCCCAUACUGCAUCUCUCGGCGUGUGGUGGACGACACAGACUCGGCCAGCAACGCCUGCAAAGAGCUGGCCAUAUUCCUGACCACAGGCAUCGUGGUGUCCGCCUUCGGGCUGCCCAUCAUAUUCGCCCGCGGCGCUGUGAUCGCGUGGGGAGCCUGCGCUCUGGUCCUGACGGGAAACAUCGUGAUCUUCGCCACCAUCCUGGGCUUCUUCCUGGUGUUCGGCUCGAACGAUGACUUCAGCUGGCAGCAGUGGUAGACCGGACUCUCUCCACGCAGUGUCUCUGUAAUACUCCACGUUAUUGCUUUUAUUUAUAUUUGCCGCCCAUUGAUAGAAGCAGGAACCCAGUGCAAUAAUUUUGUUGGUUUUAGACGGCUCUGACCUCGGAUAGACCUUCUUUUUGUGUCCUUUUCUCAUUUCUGUGAGUUCAGGUGGUCGAACGGAAACACUGGUGACGUCUGAUUGUCUUUCUGCCGUUUGAUGUUUGUCCGAGCUUUCCCCGGUUCUUUCUGUCACCUUCCUUUUUUUUACUCAGAGUUUAUUUAUUCGAUCUCAUGUUCUGAUUAUGGUAUUAAACGUGACCUCCUCGACUGACGCUCGUCUUUCUGGGUGAUUCUGUUCUUUCUUGGAAAACCCAGAGCUUUCUUUUAACCGUAUCUGUGUCUCUGGAGCGCAGAAGCCGUCUUAAGAGCUCAGCUACGUUUGUAGAAAUACACCGUAUCCUUCGUUAGGAUAUUAAGUAAAGAUCGUGUCCCGUGAAGAUAUUUCCUAGCGUAAACGCCUCGCUAAGAACUUUAAAGGUGGUUUUCUCUCAGAUAUAGUCCGAUCAAACCAGAUGGUUCCUCAGCUUCUGUAUGGACUCUUAGGACGGUUUGUGCUCCGUGGUCACACACGCAGGAGAAACUAACCGCUGACUAUGAAACGCUGAUCAUAUUUCUUUUAGUUGUAGGGAAGCUCAUAUUCGUCGUUUGAGACGGUCAUCGGUUUCCACAAAUCUCUGCACGAGUAAUGAAGAACCAGACAGAGAGUUUAAAGUCAACAUGAGAUCUGAUUCAGCAGUGCAGGCUACUAAAGACGUAGAAAGAAGGACCUUUAAUGACUUUUAAUGUCAAGUCUUCUUCUUUACCCGUCUCAUGAUGGGUUCUGUCGCUCAUUAGUAAUAAUCUAACGGUUCUGACUUUUCUACGAGCCCAGAACUGUCAGAAAAAGCCAGAAAUCUGUGCAUAACGGAAUUAAGAAGGUAACUGCGUCUUCUUAUUCUCACAAUUAAUUUUCAGCACCGAGAUAAAAAGGUCAGAAAGUAUGUGAGAAUUCAGAAAAACUCGCGACUGCCUUCGUCGUUGUUUUAUUCUGCAGAGUAAACAAAAAUGCAUUUACAGGAUUAGCGAGAGCUCCUCCCUCCUCCUCCUCCUCCUUGCUCCUCCUCCACCUUCCUCCUCCUCCUUCCUCUUCCUCCUCC